UACAUCGAUACCGCCUCCACCUGCAGCUCGCUUCCUUGGAUCACUCGCGACUCCAGCUCCAACCUCACGCAGCCUCCGCUUAAUUCUGCCCUCCGUCUCUCUCCUAUUUGUUUCUUUGAUCGAUUGCUCGAUCGGGGAUCGCACGAGCAUUGUGUUGGCCGGCGCCGGCGGGGCUUGCAGCUAGCUAUGGAUGCGGCGGGCGUGGCGGGUGCGCCCAUGGCGUCGCCGCCGCCGUACGACAACCCGUCCGCGGGGUUCCCCAUCGCGAUCGUCAUCGCCAUCGGGUUCAUGGUCACCUCGCUCAUCCUCGCCAGCUACUACUUCCUCGUCGUCCGCUGCUGGCUACGCGGCACGGGCGGCGGCGCGGCCGGGGGCGGGGCCGGCGGCCUGCUGCACCGCUCGCGCCGCGAGAGCGCGGUGGAGCGGGUCUCCGCGGUGUUCUUCGCCGACUACGAGUCCGAGCUCGGCGGCGGGCUCGACCCGGACGUCGUGGCGGCGCUCCCCAUCGUCAAGUACCGCGCGCGCCGCGCCGGGAAGUCGCCGUCGGCGCAGGAGUGCGCCGUGUGCCUGUCGGAGUUCGUCCGCGACGAGCGCCUCAAGCUGCUGCCCAGCUGCUCCCACGCGUUCCACAUCGACUGCAUCGACACCUGGCUCCACCACAACGUCAGCUGCCCGCUCUGCCGCACGGUGGUCACCGGCGCGGCCGGCCUCGUCGUCCGCGACGACCAGUACGACGCGUCCAGCCGGGAGCUGGCCGGCGAGAGGCGCAUCGACGCCGCCGGGAGGAUGGGCCACGGGAGCUCGUGCAGGUUCCCUAAGAGCGGCGCCUCGCAGGAGCCAAUCCGGCGAUCCUUCUCCAUGGAUUGCUUCCUAGGCGAUCUCGGCCGGAAACCGCCGCCGCCGCCGCCGCGGAAGGAGCCUACAGACCCGGAGGCCGGGCCGAGCAGCAGCAUCGUCGUGCCCACGGGGGGCACCGCCGUCGCCGCCGGCGAGACCAGCGGGCGGUUCCGGCGGCUGCUGUCGUCGUUCGGGCUCGGCCGGAGCUCGCGGAGCACGGUGCUGCCCAUCCACCUCGACCCGUGAACCACCUCGGGUUCGUGCCACUUAAUUAACUCGCUCUUACCGCUUAAUUAAUCUGAGUAAGCCUUUGUGCCACUUGUGUGCGUGCAAUGUGUACAGCAAUGAUAGCAGAUUUGCGUUUAGAAUUUUGCCGUCUCCAUUGAUUACUUCUUGGCCUCUUGCAUCCCAAGUGUUCCCGGCAUGACAUGUCAAUCUUCCGUACGUGAUUGAUCGAUGUUAAUUAGUAGUUGGUACAUCAGAUAGUUUUUCUUUUUCAUUUUUCGGAUCAGAUGUCAAGUGUAUAACAUUGCCAUUCAUUAACCACGCGUGAAAUCGCAGCAUUACUUUUUUCUGUGAACUACACCCAAAAAAAGCAUGCAAGUGUUCAAAAGAGGACGAGGGAUGCAAACCCGUAAUCCUGCCAAGUCUGUGCGUGGUUUGUACUUGACACAAACAUUUUUGCUUGGCUUCAAAAACAAGUCUGGAUGGUGGCCAUGACAAGAUCAAGCGAAGGGACGUGCGAAGAUAUUACCAAUCUCUCCCCAAACACUGCAAUCUCCAUGUCAAUAUCACAAAGGUAGAGAGCUAUCAAUCUUAUGUAAUCCACACAUCAUCACCACUUUUGUUGAGUGAUCAAUUAUCAGAUCAUUAGCAAAGAUUAAUAAAGUAAGCAAUUAUACCAGCUAGCCAGCAGACAGACAACUACAAGCUACUGAAACAUUUUGUCAAACAAAACCACAUUAGCUUCUUGGCCUAACCAAAACAUUACACCCAGUAGGAGUAGUAUAUACACACACUGAUAGUUGCAUUAUGAAGCCGACAAGUUGCAGAGUU